AUGUCCAGAGGGUCGAGUGCAGGAUUUGACCGACAUAUUACCAUCUUCUCUCCGGAGGGCAGACUCUACCAAGUCGGUUAGUAUGGGAUCGUUAUGAAGAAAUGAAAGAAUACUAACUUGCCCAGUCAUCACCGGUAGCAAACAAACGUAAACUAGUAGCUAGCUAGCUAGUAAUGUUAGCUAGCUAGCUUAAGGAACUGGUUACUUAAGUUAAACAUUAUCUCUAGCUAGCUGUUUUAUUAUGUCAGUGAAUGGAUAAAGGAUGUUAACAUUGUCAGAUCCUAACGCUUAAGUAAUUGAGUAGGCUUGCUAGCUAGUAGCUAAUCAAUUAGCAAGUUAGCCAGCUAAGUAGCUAACCUAGCUAACGUUCAAAUUUAAAAUAUGUCAACAGUUCAUGCUGCGCUUGAAGUUCGCUAACUUAAGAACUACUCGUGUAACGUUAUUUGACAGAAGUAGACACUUUAACAAGUAACGUUAUAGCUUAUGGCUAUAGGAAGUUAGCUGUCUAGUAAGGAGUUGUUGAACAUUUUGUUAUUGUCAUUCGUGGAGUGACUUGGCUGCAGUUACAGCCUUGGUCAGAGCCCCCUCUUUUGUGGUGAAUGGCCUCCAUCAUGGCUAUGAAUCUGUUAUCUCUCACCUAACCUAAAAAACAGUCUGGAGUGAUGCAUCAUUUUUUCCUGUUCUGUUUAUUUCCCCAGAAUAUGCAUUCAAGGCUAUCAAUCAAGGUGGCCUUACCUCAUUAGCUAUCCGAGGACAAGACUGUGCAGUUGUAGUCACACAGAAGAAAGUUCCAGUAAGAACACCCUUCAUGACUAAUUCAUUACUCUGUUAUCUAUAUGCAAAUGACAUGUUAUGGGCUGUAAUGAGAUGGACUCUUAAAUCUCUCCCACAGGACAAGCUUCUUGAUGCCUCCACAGUCACACACCUAUUCAGAAUCACAGAAAACAUUGGCUGUGUCAUGUCUGGAAUGACGGGUGAGAAACAUUUUAAUGUUGAAAUAUCCAAUACACACUGAAUAUUAACUUCAUGGAGUGUAUUAAUACAUUUCUGUAAUAAUGACUAAUAAUCACAGAUUCAUUUGUGUUCAGCUGACAGCAAGUCUCAAGUCCAGAGAGCUCGCUACGAAGCAGCCAACUGGAAGUACAAGUACGGUUAUGAGAUCCCAGUGGACAUGCUGUGUAAGAGGAUGGCUGACAUCUCUCAGGUGUACACACAGAACGCUGAGAUGAGACCUCUGGGUUGCUGUAAGUGUUACAAUUUUGUCUCAAUUUUUUUUUAUACCAGUGUAGCUCAGAAGUUUGAAGAUUCUUCAACUAUAAGCGGUUUCAAAUUAUUGGAGGUGAACAAAACCUGCUGGUUUAAAAUGAACAGUACGACUGUUGUUCCUCACUAAUAAAAACGACAGGACAGCAGAGUCCCUGCCCAUCUUCUGAAAACCCUACCUUAAAUAAGACAUCUGUCUUAUCCCCCCUCCCCCUACAAAACUGCACUUCUCUUUUCCUACUUGCACUGACUUUGCUGAUAACUUCUUUGAGGAAAAAUGUACUUAUUACGGCUGUGAUGUGGUUCUCACCUACCUAUCUUAAGACGAAUGCACUAACUGCAAGUCGCUCUGUAUAAGAGCAUCUACUAAAUGACUAAAAAGUUUUGAAAAGUGCAGAGUAAGAAAGUUGCAUUCUUAGCUAAGAUGCUUUUAGUUUUGGCCUUCAGACUCACUUAAUGCAUUGUUUUUUAAAUCCAUUGUUGCAGGCAUGAUAGUGAUUGGUGUGGACGAGGAGUGUGGUCCCCAGGUGUAUAAGUGUGACCCUGCAGGAUACUACUGUGGCUUCAAGGCCACUGCUGCUGGGGUCAAACAGACAGAGGCCACCACCUUCCUGGAGAAAAAGGUCAAGAAGAAACUGGACUGGACCUUCGCGCAAACAAUUGAGGUAAAAUACCAUACCCCUUGGCAUGUAGAAUAAUACAAACUAAAUGAGCAAACUAGUCCCCUUUGAAGUAGUUUGAGUUUCAUCCUCUUCUGUUUACAGACUGCGAUAACUUGUUUGUCUACGGUACUGUCCAUUGACUUCAAGCCCUCCGAGCUAGAGAUUGGUGUCAUUACAACUGAAGACCCUAAAUUCAGGUGAGUCCAUGGGAAUUGUUUAAUAGUGAUGGAACUUUUCAAAGCUUGGUGCAGAAAAUAACAUAGUAAAUAGAAAUGUCAUCUGAAAUUUUAUCUUUUUUUGUUUGUUUAUUGUGUAAUCACCAAGUAUACACUGGACAGAAAUGGGUUACGUACAAAGAACCAGGCAUCAGCAGAAUCAGUAUUUGUCUCCUUCUCCAUUUACAGGAUCCUGACAGAGACCGAGAUCGAUGUCCACCUUGUGUCCCUGUCAGAGCGAGAUUGA